AUGCGGGCGGCGGGUCCGGCCCCGGUCGGUGGUGGCUCGGCUGCCGCCGCCGCCCGCCCUCCGCGGGGUCCCCGGGGCCGCCGCCGGGUGCGGCCGUCCUUCGUGGACGAGUCGCUGUUCGGCCGGCCCGCGGGGGCCCGCCCGCCGCCGCCCGCCUUCCCGCCGCCCUGGGCGGCUCCGGCGGCUCCCUCAGCGCGGGGCUCCCGGCCCGGCAGCCAGUGCAGGUCCCGAAGCCACGCUCCGUCCUUCUGUGACGAGUCCCUGUUCGGUGCCAAGCCGCAGGGCGCUGCCUGGGCCGCUCCGCGGAUGAGGAAGGAGGAUGUAGCCAAGCUCCACUCGCUGCUCUGGAGCCCCCCGCCCGCCCCCCAGAGCCAGCCCGGCCUGUCCCCACACAGCCGGGGCGCUCCCCUGCGGGCCGUCCAUCCCCCGGCCUCAGCGCCCCCGGCCACGUCCGAGCCCGGCCGCCGGGAGAAGCUGUGUGCCUGCAGACAUCCCGGGAGCGAUGCUUGCCCCAAAGGCUGGGCUGCUCCUGGCAGAGCGCGCUCCCAGUCUGUCAGCCGGCUGAGCACCCCCCCGGACAGGAUUCGCCUUUCUUCCAGCCUCGGCACGGAAAGGUGGAAGAACCAGAGCGCUCCAACAACGCCUGCAGCCCCCCGGGGACCGCUGGUGAGGGGUCGGUCCAACAGCGUGUCCGGAUCUCCGGUGCCCAGGAAUGCCAAGGCAGCAGGCGGCUGCACAGCCAGACCCCCCUGGAAGUGAUGCCAGGUGUCCCUCUGGAUGUACACACAGCCUUAAUCCACCUGAGGCCUCCCUGAGGCACAGCCCACCAGGACCCUGGGCUUUUCCAUGGCUGGAAACGAAGGAUGGGGCUGCUCCAUGCUGGAAGCCAAGCCGGGAGGCAGAGGUGACCACAGUGCUGGGAGCAGUGACCUCCUGGUUCAGGGCACAGCCCAUGGCACCAGAGCAGGAGAGCCUUGGUGGGAGCAGCACCCUGUGAUGUGCAGGGGUGUCGGAGGAGGUUCCUGCUGUCUGGGAAAUCCAGCUGGGAGGUUGGAGCAGCAGGGGACAGGAGUGUCCCCAGUGCAGUGCAGGGCCCAUCCAGGUGCAGGGACAUUGUGGGGACAGGCAGGGGCUGUGCAGCUCCCAGGACAGGGGGUGCUGCUGGGGUGGGGUCCCAGGUGAGUCUGGCUGGGGCACUUGGGGUCUGAGGGCCCUGACAGGGACCCUUGCUGAGAGGAGUCCUGCUCCAUCCCACCUGUGCUCGUGCCUGCAGGAAUGCAGGACAUCCCUAGUCUGAUCUGCUCAAGGUGGGUCCAAAGUGGUGGAAACCCCUAGGAAUAGAGGCUGCACAGCCUCUCUGGCCUUCUUCCCACUGCUCUACUGUCCUCAGGGUAGAAAUUCUCCCUUUAUCCAGUCAGAGCAUUUCUAGUUUGAUUUUGUGUCUGUUCCUGAGCACAAACCUUGGCCCAGCCCUCACGGCCACCUCCUCUUUGCAGGUGUUGAGAGGCUGCUGAGGCCCUCCCAAAGGUUCCCUUCUCCAGGAAAUGAGCUCCAUUCCCUCUGCCUCCAUGCAGAGGAUGUGCCUUGGUGUCUCCCUGCUGUCCUUGCUUUGUGCCACCAACACCUUACAGGCUCCUCUGACAAAGCAGGACGAGCACAGAGGUGAGGAAAGCACUGCCCUGGUCCCAGGCUGGAUGGGGUUUGUGACACACAAGGAUCUGCCCAGGGAUUUUGGCAGCUCGUGGUGAUGAGGUGCUGAGUGGAUCCAUAAUUGUGUGCCUGAGGGUUGUGAGGUGCUUACAGCAGUGCCAUGGUGUCACCAAAUAAGUGCUCUGAGACAAAUCUGGGAUCUGGGCACCUCCAAAGCUCCUCCACGUCCUUUGCUGAGGUGGGAAAGAGCAGCUCUGUGUGGAUGGAGGUGGAUAAAGGAUAUGGGGUGGGUUAGCGGGGUUUGCAGUCACUGCUCCCUGGGCAGGGAGGCUACAGUGAGGAGCUGCUGGGGUUAAUGGGAGUUUGGUAGCUCCCAUGCCGAGGGAAACACUCACAUUCACCCAAGGACACACCAAGCCAGGUUAAGAGCAUCAUUCUGUCCCAGAAAUGAUUUUAUUGCACCUUGAGCAGCAGCAGGAUCAGGUCUUGACCCACUCCAGCAGGUGGAGCUGGAGCCACCAGGAGCCAGCACUGCGGGCAAUUCCUGCUCAUUUCUGGGCCUGACAGGAAGCAAGAAUAACCUGACGUUAUUAAAACCUGAGAAGGUGAGUGAGGAUCCUUGUGAUUCUCUCCAGGCUCUUGAGUCUCUCUCUAUGCUUCCCACUGAGGCAAUCCAGCAGCUCCUCUCCACCUGGGGUAAAAUUGGAGGGACAAGAAACAACUGUGGCCUUCUCAGAGGAGGGGCUGGCAGUGCUGGUGUCCAUCCCAGCCUGAUCAGCUGUGUUUGGGAUGUGGGCACACUGAUGUGAAGGCUGCAGGUGUCACGGGGCUGGGAGAGAGCCCAGAUGUGGUUUGGACACUAGAUGGAGACAAGAGGGUUGAGGAUUGAAACAGGAAUGCAGUUCCAGCAGCAGGUGGGAGAUCCAGAGAGGCGAGUCCUCAGCAAACUGGGGGCACUGCCCUGAAGUCUAAGCAGCAGAGAACUGAACCAGUGUCAUCUGGUUCCUUCCUUGAAAGAGAAAGCCUCUUAAAAUAGAGAGAUUUAGUCUGAAAAUCAAGUAAGCAGUGGCCUGUGUGGCCAGGAUUGGCCACUUUACCCCCACUGCUGUGCUCAGGGUCCAAGGAAUCAGUGCGGGAAACUAGGGCCCAUCUCAUCAGCCACAUAUCCCUGUCCCACACUGGCCCAGGUUGUCACCAAGGCCUUCAGGAGGUCAGAACUGGCACUUCCUUGCCAUUUACACAUGAGGACAACGUUGUUUAAGUAUAAAUGUGUUGUUUGCAUUUUGUUCCAUGAUUUUCACUCACAUUGGUGCUUUACUGUUGCCUUUUCCUCUUGUUCUGCCAGGUCUGUGCAGCUCAGCACGAGACCAAAACUGCUCUGUUACUGCUGGAGCUGGUGCUUACGUGGAAUAAAAACACAUUAAAUCUGAAUGAAAUGAG